AUGAAAACUGCGGAGAGCACAAUUUUUAUCACGGCAGUUUUAGUUUCCGUUGCUGGUUUUCGUGGAGUUUCAAGGUCACACUCAAGCAGACAUCUUCCCCUCUACGGCUACAACAAUCCGUACGCCCAAAGGUAAGCUUAUUACAGAGUGCGGUUUAUUCUUAGUGUGAUAUAAAAAUGACCGUUAUUCCUAAACUUAGUAAGCUUCUCCUUGAAAGUUCUGAGAUGUAAAUUUUACCUGGCGUAAUAUUCAACUCAGUAAUGCAUGUUUUUCAGCUCAUCGUAAACUCAGACGCAUUGAAAAGAGGAUUAAAAUUGUUACGUCUUGCUGUUUUGUAUAAGUUAACUCGCGAGUUUCCUUUUCCCAAAAUGAUGAACAAACGUAAGAAAAUAUGCUAUUUUUCUUGCGGUGACUGAAACGUUUCAGGAAAUAAUUGUUUUCAUAUUGACACUAAGGCGCGAAGAUUCGCCCCAAAAUAAAGUGUUUUUAAUAACGCCUGCCAGAGUCUAUUUUCCAUAAAAACAAAGAAGGUGCGAGGCAACUACAGUUCACGCAAACCUUGAAUUCACGCAAUAUCAAACGUAGUGUGGUCAGCAUCAUAUGCACAAGGCCUGUCAUAUGUCCUGCAACAUUCUGUCACCUCUAGGGUAGCAUUGCAAGACAUGUAGGUCCUUGAAAAAACUGACUUAUGCUUUUUCAUGAAUGGAACUGAUGAGUACAAAAGUGUGUGAUUAUCGCUGGUUAUGACAGAACAAACCCGGCGCCAUAAUUCAUCAGAGUUUCAGUUUUCUGGAAACAUUACAGAUUCUGGUUUGUCCUUUUUGGCGUACCUAACUUCCAACCUUUGACAUGCGACAGUAAAGUUUCAUUAUUUUCGUGACGAAAGAGGAGAAAAAUGAAUUGUUUAAUACUUGAUAUCCUUUUGCCUCGGGGAAAUACGAAAAGAAUAAUUUAACCUAUCACUCCUGUAUCACGCCAUGUGGCGUAAUUGAACAGAACUGUAUGGAAUACUGAUAUGAGCCAGCUGAGUCAGAUUUCCGGAUGAAAAGAAAAAAAAACCGGGAUAAUUCAUAAACAAUCGCUAACGAGAGAUGACACCAGGAAUUUGACUUUUUGUGACUAUUAUUGUUUUUGCCGGAAAUUUUGUUUUGUUUUGGCUCUAAAAUCAGACGAAAUGGUCAAGAGUCUUUGUUCUGGGAAAGUUUGUAUUUGGCGCGAAAACGUCAUCUUUAUGAGAGCCCGCAGGGUCGGAUCCAGAAAAUUCAGAUAGCGGUGGCCGGGAAACUUGCCAGCUAUAUCGAUUCCUUUUAUUUUGCUGCCGUAAUUGUAAAAUUAAUACAGAAAUCAACGGAAAAAAAAGUGGGGGUGGAGGCGCCCCCUCGUCUAUCCUUGAAUCUGCGCAUGGUCCCGAUGGGGUUCUACAAUCCUGUCAUCCCGAUGGUUAUUUGACAGCAUCCAGCAUCUCAUGCAUACUUUUAAUCCCGAAUCUCGACUCAAUUUUUUUUCCGUUCCCUGCUCCCCGGUGUUCCCCUUUUUAAUUAUCAUUCCCUUUGGCUUUUAAAUCCCCACUCACGGCCUGCCUUCAAAUGAGGCAAGUCCCGGAUCCCAAAAAACCUAUUGAAUACCCUCCUCAAAGAUGUCACACUUAGCUCUUCCUCACUCAACUCAAAAGUACACUUGAUCAUAAAAUGGAAAAAGUGAAAUUUUAGAGGCUUACCAGAGCGCUACGAAUUAGCCAACACAAGGCUCUUGUGGAAUAAGUUAGUUGCUUUUCCGUAAAAAGCUUGCUUCCCGUAGAAACUAAGAAUUAUGCGAACAGUAAAAAGACCGCAGCUCUGGGGCGUUUCAGAUGAACAAACAACAAAUCGCCCCCGCUAACUUUUUAAAAGAAAAUCGGAAAGUCACACGGCUAUCUGCACAGUCAGACUCUUGUUAACCACCGAUGUAAUCUGUCGUAGCCACUAAACUAAAAGGAGGGUAAUUACUUGUUGUUAUCUCUUGAACAUAGAUAAAUUAUGAUAUUAUGACCUCCCUGAAAGUAUCGAUUGCGAAAAGCUACACAGGAUAAUAUAGAUAAGACCACUGAUAAGAUAUCUUGUUUCUGUCACUAUUGAUAUCUACCACUACUUUUUACACAUAAUAGAUUUUCAUUUAGAUCCUAUACAUAUGACUGAUUCACUUAGAAUUAAUAUCCCUUUUAAUUUCUGUCUCCAUUUACUCUAAGCGCUUUUUGGGAGUAAAGAAUAUAAAUUUUGGCCUUAAAGUUAGACGUUAGUACAACCUCUUUGUUUUAAGCGCUUAUAUUGGCAUUUUACGCAAGAAAAAAAUAAAUCAUUAUGAUUCUUCCUUGCCUUUGUGACGAACGACUCUCACACGAUCUCACACCCUCUUCAGAAGCUUCUUUGUGUCGUAGACGGAAAAAAUAAGCGCGCAGGGGACGACGGCAAGGAGAACUCCCCUUCCCGUCGUCCACAACGCGCUCACUAAAACCCAGGCGGAGUCUCUGCGGAGAAGAGAGUGCAACCGACUCGUUCUUAGGCCAGAGUAUUCGAAUUUCCCUGUCUCUUCCGUAUCAGAAAUUAAAGGAGAAGAGGAAUGCAACUCCGCUAAAAACGAUCUUUAAUGUUGUUGAAUGAAAUGAAAGUGAUAAAGUGAUAUAAUAGCCAUUUUCUGAAAUCGGUUGCAGCCAACACGGUUUCCAAUCAAAAAGGCUGGUACUCGAUCCUUCAAACAAGCUACCGCUGUACAAACGUACCGGUGUCAAGGCACCAAGUCCUCAAAUACAAAGCCAAGAGCCUAGUACCCAGGCACCAUCUCAGGCCACCUCGGCCACUGGCGGACAGUACUGCUUUUACCAGAAGCCCAAGCAAGUGACUUGUAACGUAGCGCACAUGAAAAGAGUAACCCACCAGUUCAAGUACUAUUGUGGAACACAAUCUCAGCAAAAAGUUUGUACUGGUCACAGGUGUGUUACAAUUAUAACUGAGUUAGACCAUGAACAAACGCAAAAAACGUACGCUCAAAUAAUUUACCGUGAAAUUCCGAAAAUAAGCCCCUGGGCUUAUAUUUUUCAAAGGCCCUUUUUGAGGGGCUUGUCGUUGGAGGGGCUUAUCUAUGGAGGGAAAAUUGCGUUUGAAAAUCGAUCGGGCUAGCCUUACAGUUGGAAGGAUUACUGUUUUUGCUUUGUUUUACUUUGUAUUUGAGGGCAAUUUCCAAGGACAAGCCCCUGGGGGGCUUAUAUUUGGAGGGGCGGUUUAACGGAGGGUUUUUUGCUUUACGAGUUUUGGGGGCUUAUAUUUGGAAGGGCUUAUACAUGGAGGGGCUUACUUUCGGAAUUUUACGGCAUUAGUUGAAAUCAAGUUCUACAUGCUAACUUUUUUUUUUGAAAAAGAAGUGAAUGUUUAUUUAUUUGUUUGUUUUCGCCACUGUUUCCUGCGCCUAAGACUUGGUUGCACGUUCCAUGACGUUUGACACUGGUUUGAUACUUGGUUACAUUUUAUGGCCCUUGAUUUUCCCGCCUCCAGCUACUCUCGGGCCGAAGUCACGUAUGGCGUGUGGACUGGAAGCGUUGCGUGACUCGGGCCAAGUGACUGCCAAAACAACCUGUCCCGUUCAGAUAGUGGGGUGUGGCACAAAGUCAAAGAGCGGGUCGCUGCUCCCUGCUCACAUCUCUUCGCGCCGUUCCCGAAAUCUGAACGCCUGGAACGGGCUUCCCCGAAGAAGACAAGUAGAAGACAUUUGGUUAACACUUGAUUGCAUGUUAUGGCCCGUGACACUAGCUGCAUUAUUUCCCGCCCUUGACAACACAGUUUGCACAGUUUCUCACGCUAAAUUAGCCAGUUUUCCCGUGCUUGUAAUUUUUUGUCUUCCCGCAGCUUUUGGUGCCUCUGUUAUAUCAUUUGCGUUUGUUUUUGUUGGCAAUAGUAGUGGUUUCGAGUCCAUCUUUGAACUCCAUGUACGACCAAUUUCCCAACGCACUACAAAGUCCGGCUACAGCUGAAACCUCCCGUUGACGAUCACCUCCCGUAAACGACCGUAACAACUUUUUGGAGCAUCAGUUCUAUAACUUUCCAUCGUUUUUAACCUCAGUUAAAGCAUGGUCUAAAAUCUUAGAUUUUACUGUAUGCACUACGAUUUUCAUAGUAUACGUAUAGAAAGAACUGCUAGUGACAACAUGGAACUGUGUAUUUUGUAAAUUGCAUGCAAUAAAUUUUCUUGCCAAAUUUAAUAUGUUGAUACCACUCCUCUACUCGGAAGUUUGGGAGCAAGUCACCGAAAAUCCUUCGCGAAGAAAAUACCCUGAGGAUAAAGAACAUACCCCGCGCAUAACAAUGCCACCAGCUACGCAGGCUGUACUCGGAAAAAACCCCUGUGGAUCUAUUCUCUCGUGAGCUACCGCUAAAUCUUCUCGUUUAUAGCGUCGCUUAUAAGAGUUUCGACUUUAUUUUCAGGGUAACCUAUCGUCCGCAGUAUAAAAUAGAGGUGAGAACAGUGAUUACGUCGGUCAAAGACUGUUGUCCCGGCUUCACAGGAAAAGAUUGCAGUCAAGGUGGGUGCUAUUCUAUCAAAGUCAGUUCCAACUAAGAUUUUUAUCAUGACUUUCAUUUACAUCAAGCCAUCAACUGGAGUGUUUCUGUUUCAACAGCCUGUUUUAAUUGCACCAAGUUUCUUUUGCUGGAAGCCAGGUUAAAAGCCUUGGAACAGGUUAGUAACUGGUAUGAAGAUCGAAUUUCAAGGGGAAACAUGAAUAAAACUAACAAAAUGAUAAAGUGCCCCGGCGUCGCUCUCGCGUGUCAUUUCGUACGCUUGACUUCUCGGAGAGCUUGCUCGCCGCGUAACAGACGAGCCAGGUAACUGGCAGGUAACCCGCGUUUAGACUGAAGUUCAGCAUAUGUUCCACGAUGAAGACCAACUGAAGUAGCUCUUCUUGUUAAGAGGCUGCUAUGUCUUUGAGCUCAUUUGAAAAUAGUUUCAUUUUUUCGAUGUUCCGUUAGAAAUAGCUUGUUGCUUUGAUUUUUACUUGUUUAUUUAUUAGUUGAUUCCGAUUUGUAGAGAACCAGCAACUGAACUCUUUGAUUUGUAGUGGUUGUUUUACCGUUUCAAAUUUUAGACUCCACCUUCUACUUCUAGCAUGCAUGCAAUGAACGCCUUGGAAUUUAUUUAACUUACUGGCCCUAUGGUUAAAGGUUAAAGCAGCUUGCCCAUUUUCUGUUUACUUUUUAAAGAAAAGUCAAAAAGCUCCUGCCAAGGCGAUAGUUCGGGACAGCGAAAUCUCAAGAGGUCCACCCGGACCCCCGGGCCACCCGGACCCCCCGGGCCCCCGGGAAGACGAGGAGAAACCGGAGAUCCGGGGCCUCCAGGCUUAAACGGAGUCGAAGGUGGGUAGGAUAUCAAUGGAACUUAAAAACGCAUUAACAUUCCUAGUAUGCACUUUAGCAUAGGAAAGCGAAUGUAAAUUAACUGUUUUGUUUUUGUUACUUUCAGGGCAAUCACGUGGUUCAAGUGUCCAGAAAGGGGAGAAAGGAGAUCCCGAUGAGCCGGGUACCACAACAGUAGUGACCGGAGACCCGGGACCACCUGGAUCUCCAGGACCCAUGGGACCCCCGGGAUUAAAGGGGGAACUUGGAGAAUCAAUACAAGGAGCACGAGGACCCCCUGGACUUCCGGGUCCAGCGGGAGAACCUGGCCGCCCAGCUAUCGGAGCCUCGGUGAGGUUUAAAAGGACGAUCUUAGUUUUAAUUACUGAAAGGCCUUCGCGUAAUUGGUCAUCCAGAGAAAAACGAUAGGGUGACGGCUAUUCUUAGAGUUAUUCCGUGGAGUUAGAGUAAGCCUCCAAAAUCCUAAGCUCAUGAUUUUGGAACGGUAAAAUGCUUUCCCAGGUGGAAAAUGAUCGAGCCCUCUCCCAUUUACAAAUAUUGCUGUAAAUCGACUAAAUGUUUCCUUUUUAUUUUUUUUUGCGCAGCGUUGUUAGUGAAAUUUUAGAAAGUUUAGACUGAUAUGGAGGAAGUAGUGCAUGCCCAUCCGCCCUUUCGCUCUAAAGCCUGAUACUCGCUUUUAAAAAAGAGUACAAGCAGGCCCGUAGCCAGCUUUUCGACUCGAGAGUUGUAGGGCUGGCUACAUUUCCACAUAUCCUGAAAACUGCACGCAUGACUAGUGCGCACUGACCUCACCAACACUUUGAGUUCUUAAGCUCUUUAGCUCACCCCAACAACGCAUAAUUUACUACAAACAGUGGACUAAUCAAACCGAAAAUUUGUAAGCCUGGGCCUACAGGUCUAUAGGCUGGCUACGUUCCUGAUUGUGAUUGUUCUGUAUUGCACAUUUUUCUUUCUGAAAUAGCGACAUUUAACAUCAUUUCAAUUUGCUAUUCACAGAGAGCCUACAAAAAGCAUUUUUUUGGUAGACAUGACGCGUGGUAACAAAAAGGUCUUUUUGUAUUUUCAGCCUGCAGAUUUAACCGCUCUUAAAGAUCAGAUGAAAAUGCUGACUGCCAUAGUCAUGGAGUUGGAAGAAAAAAGUAAGCAAAACAAAGCAUGAGUUUCUUUUUCUAUUUAAAGAUAGUUAUAAGCCCCGGGGUUAUAUUUUUCAAAGGCCCUUUUUGAGGGGCUUAUUUCUGGAGGGGCCUAUAUUCGGAGGGGCUUAUGUACGGAGGGAAAUUUGCGUUUCAAAAAUUAACUGAGCUAGCUUGUAGUGGAAAGGAAAUUUACCAUUUUUGCUUUGUUUUAAUUUGUAUUCGAGGGCAAAUUCCAAGUACAAGCCCCCCGGGGGGCUUAUAUUCGGAGGGGCGAUUUAAAGGAGGGUUUUUUGCGUUACGAUUUUGGGGGGCUUAUAUUUGGAGGGGCUUAUUUUCGGAACUUUACGGUAGCUUUGUUUCUUCAGGCAAAUAUCAGUUAAAAUUCAAAGGCAACAUUUUUUGGAAGGGCCGUCUGGUAGUCUGCUACACAGCCGUUAUUAGUGUCGUCACGCAACGUUUCUCCCCACUAACUAGUGGGGAGGAGCGUUGCGUGACGACACUAAUAACGGCUGUGUAGCAGACUAGCCGUCUGGUGGAUACCGCUGAGUAGUAUUUCGAGGAUGCUUGAACCAAGUCAUUCAAAAUGGUGGCAUCCCAUGAAUGCUGGGAGGAGAACUAAUGAAAAUGGCGACCUCCCAGUAGGGUGGUUAGACAAAUUGGUACAAACCGGUUUUUCUGAGGUGGUUGGAUGGAGAAGCGUGAGGUGGACGCGUGUUUUUGUUAUUUUGUAAAAAGAUGUUAUCGAACGAGUCUUACGUCUAAAUUGCGCAGCAAAUUGUAUGUUCCUUGGCGUAUUCUAAUGAGUUUUGCCUACUUUCUCCAGAUUGCAACUGCGAUGCGUUAAGGCCGCGGUACACACUAGGCGACAACUUGUAGCAAAUGAUGUUGUGGUGACACGUCGCAGCGACAAAUCGCUCCGUGUGUACUGGAGAACUUUUGUGAAAAUCUUUGUCUCACAAACCACUCAGUUUUGGAUUGCUACACCACUAUUAGCAGCUAGAGGUAGUCGGUUAGCAGUUUCCUUCUUGCUGAUUGACUCUGACUUGAUCUUGUUUGCUUAGUUUCCAGGUGUGAGUGCACUGCUGGGAGUCAGCGAGGUGUGGCUAAAAAGAGCGACGCUACAAUGUACCCUUCAACUCUACCGAACAUUGAAUCACAGACCACAAAAGUCACCACUUCAGAGCCAUUGUUUGCUCCACCCGCCAGACGUUGA